AUGAUUUAUUUGCUAGAACCAAUGCAUGAUGCAACAGAAAUUCUUUCUAAAAGUUUAUAUCCAAGUAUUUCUGAUGUUUGUUUAACUUUUAUGAGGUUAUUUAUUCAUAUUGAUCAAUUUAAAGCUUAUAAUUCACAUUUAGAAGCUAAAUGUUUAAUAGCAGAAUUAAUUAAAAAAAAAUUAAAUAAAUAUUGGUCUAUUCUUGAUGCUAAUGAAUCAACAAAAAUAGCUUCAAUUCUUGACCUAACAUUAAAACUAUUAACAUUUCAGCUUAAUGAUAAAAAAAAUUUUAUUUUUGCUAGUCUGCGAAAUAUAAUUGAUCAAUAUAAAUUAAUACCAGCAGGUGAUACUUCUAAUUCUUCUAGCUUAAUAUUUGAUGAUAAAUGA